AUGGGCGUUCCGAUUUCUCAGAUGUGGACGGUCGCGACGUACGUGAUCGGCCAGAAGGUCAAGCGGAACAAGCGGUACCCGCUCGUGCUCAUGCUCGAGCCCCUGUUCCGCUGCAAUCUCGCGUGCGCGGGGUGCGGGAAGAUCCAGUACCCGGCGCACAUCCUCAAGCGGGACCUGCCGCUGGAGGACGCGCUCCGCGCCGUCGACGAGUGCGGCGCGCCGAUGGUCUCCAUCCCGGGCGGCGAGCCGCUGCUCUACCCGCACAUCCGCGAGCUGGUUUCCGAGCUGAUCAAGCGGAAGAAGUACAUCUACCUCUGCACGAACGCGCUGAUCCUCAAGGAGAAGCUCGAGGCGGGGUGGUUCAAGCCUUCGAAAUACCUCACCUUCUCCGUGCACAUGGACGGGCAGGAGGAGCACCACGACUUCGCGGUGUGCCGCGAGGGGACGUACACGAAGGCGACGGAGGGCAUCCGCCUUGCGGUGGAGAUGGGCUUCCGGGUGACGACGAACACGACGCUGUUCGACGGCGCGGACCCGAACUCGGUGCGCGGGUUCUUCGACGAGAUGAUGGAUCUCGGGGUCGAGGGGAUGAUGGUCUCUCCCGGGUACGCGUACCCGAAGGCGCCGAACCAGAAAUCGUUCAUGCGCGCCCGCGAGAAGACCAACGAGUUCUUCGAGAUGGUGCUGUCGAACCGCAAGAAGCGGUGGAUCUUCAACCAGUCGCCGCUGUUCCUCGAGUUCCUCAUGGGCAAGCGUGAGUACGAGUGCACGCCCUGGGGCAACCCGACGUUCAACAUCUUCGGGUGGCAGAAGCCGUGCUACCUGCUGCAGGACGGGUACGUCGACACGUUCGAGGAGCUGAUGGCCGAGACCGAAUGGGACAACUUCGGCCGCGCGAGCGGCAACCCCUCGUGCCAGCAGUGCAUGGUGCACUGCGGCUACGAGCCGACGGCGGUGGACCACACGUUCAGCUCCUUCGGCGGGCUCUUCGGGACGGUCAAGGCGAUGCUCUUCUCGGCUUACGCGAGCCCGAAGGCGGAGGAGCGUCUCGAAGAAGAGCGCGGCAAGCCGCACGGGCCGAUGGCGAUGCUCGGGCUGACGGUCGAGGGCAAGCCGAGUCGCGGGGGUGGGGUCGCUCGGCUGGAUCCACCCCGCCAUCGCCUUGAUCGCGCGGGUGACGAAUCCGUGCGUCUCGCCCGGGUCGUCCUCGCUGAGCUCCAAGGGGAGGGAGACGUCGAGAUUCGGGGUGAUCCGGUCGAUCAGUUCCGUCAUUUCCUGGAUCGGCGCGUUCUCGAGAGAGCGCAUCGAGAAGCGGUUGAAGUCCCGCUUCUCGAUCUGCGUUGUCGCGAGGAGCGUCACGUUGGUGUGCCUCGGGUCGGCCUCGAUCUCCGCGUAGAGGUCCCGGACACGUCGUUCGUCGCCUUCGAGGACUUGCACGAAGUGCUCUUCCGAGAACCAGAGGCAGCCGGUGAUGUCGAGGGUGCGGUUGCGCUGCAUCGCGCGGAGAACGAUGCCGUCGACGAUCUCACCGUCGGUGAGAUCGGGUUGGCGGGUGCUCGCGUACGCGAGCUGGAAGACCGGGCCGGGCAUUCGGAUUCUCUUGGGGGCGUCGCACCGUUGGCUCCCGUACAGGCCGGGACGUCCGGUCGCGCCGCGUGCAUCGUUGCGUCUGGGGGAGACCGUACCACGAAUCCCGGACGAAGGGUCAUUUUUAUUCCGACGCUCGCGGAUCGGCGGCCGGCCGUGUCCCCAAACGGCCCGGCGCGGGACAUCCCGGCACAACUCCUGUUCACAAUCGUCGCGGUCAUCGCGGCCGCGGUCGGCGCGUAUUUCGUCUGGCUCGCGGAGAAGAAGCGUCGCGAGGCGCUGGUCGCGUUCGCGGCGCAGUACGGGUGGACGCUCGACCUGAGCAAACGCCACGGGCGGCCGCGGUUCCCGAGCGAUUUGUUCCAGAAGGGGCACUCGCGGUGGUCGCGGUACCACAUGGGCAAGACGAUCGCGAAGGCGAUCCAUGGCGGCCCUGGCAACGGCGAUGCGCGGGCCGAGGCGUUCGAGUACCACUACGCGAUCACGACGGGGAGCGGAAAAAACCGCCAGACCCACCACUACUACUUCACGUGCCUGCACUUCCACGUGCCGAUGCGCCUCGGGCGGGUCGAGCUGCGCGACGAGACACUGGGCGACAAGCUCGUGCAGGGCAUCGGGUUCGACGACAUCGACCUCGAGGACCCGGAGUUCUCGAAGCAGUUCGUCGUCAAAGCGGCGGACCGCAAGGACGCGUACGACCUCUUCGGAGCCUCGCUCAUGCUGUACAUGCGCGGGUGGAGCGGGCUUGGGAUCCAGACCGAGGGCGAGGAGGUGCUCGUCGUGCUGAAGGGGCGCCUCGACCCGCACGACGUGAUGACCCUGGAGCGGUUCACGCGCGGGUUCCUGGGGAACCUGCCGCGGGUGCUCGUGAACAACGCCCGCGUGGCGGCGGGGAUGCCGCCGCUGACGGAAGCGGGAGCGACGAUGAAUAACGCGAUUUUCUUGCUGGUGGCGAUCGGCUUCGGCCUGGCGAUCGUCGUGGCGCUGAUCGUGAUCGUGAUGUACAACGCGCUGGUGAAAUCGCGGGCGCACGUGCGCGAGUCGUGGUCGAACGUGGACACCGAGCUGCAGCGCCGGCACGACCUGAUCCCCAACCUCGUGAGCACCGUCAAGGGGUACGCGAGCCACGAGAAGGAGCUGCUGGAGCAGGUGGUCGCGCUGCGCGAGAAGGCCGAGGCGCUGCGCCCCGGCGCGGCGACGAAGGAGCAGAUGGCGAUCGAGAACCAGCUCUCGGGCGUGCUCGGCCAGCUCUCGGUGCGGCUCGAGGCGUACCCGGACCUCAAGGCGUCGAGCAACUUCACACAGCUCCAGACCGAGCUGGCGCACACGGAGGACCGCGUGCAGCAGGCGCUGCGGUUCUACAACGGCAACGUGCGGGAGUACAACGUGAAGAUCGAAUCCGUGCCGACGAACAUCAUCGCGGGGAUGUUCAACUUCGAGAUGGCGGAGCACUUCGAGGUGAAGAGCGAGGCGGCGCGGGAGGCGCCGAAGGUGGAGUUCUGA